ACUGUGCUUAUUGGCCCGUCUGGUUAAAGGGAGUGGGUUUACCAAGGCUGGUCGCAGGAAUAAAGCGUUUUCUUUGUCGCACAGAUGGCGUGUGCUCCUGUAAGCCGGUAGUUGAGAAGCAGAGGGAAGCUGUAGUAGGGGAGUGUUCCUGGAUUCGCUUCGUAUAUAUAAAGUUGAAAUUUGCUGCUAAAGAUGGCAGACCCAGAUGUCCUCACCGAGGUUCCAGCAGCAUUGAAGAGGUUAGCCAAGUACGUGAUCCGGGGUUUUUAUGGCAUCGAGCAUGUGUUGGCCUUGGACAUCUUGAUUCGGAACCCCUGUGUGAAAGAGGAGGAUAUGCUGGAGCUACUCAAGUUUGAUCGGAAGCAACUUCGAUCAGUUUUGAAUAAUUUAAAGGGAGACAAGUUCAUCAAAUGCAGAAUGAGAGUAGAGACUGCUGCAGAUGGAAAAACCACUCGCCAUAACUACUACUUUAUCAAUUAUCGUACUCUUGUUAAUGUAGUAAAAUAUAAACUAGACCACAUGAGAAGGAGGAUUGAAACGGAUGAGAGAGAUUCCACCAACCGGGCUUCCUUCAAAUGUCCUGUCUGUAGUAGUACUUUCACAGACUUAGAAGCUAAUCAGCUCUUUGAUCCCAUGACAGGAACUUUCCGCUGUACAUUUUGCCAUACCGAGGUAGAAGAGGAUGAAUCAGCAAUGCCCAAAAAAGAUGCACGCACACUUUUGGCAAGGUUUAAUGAACAAAUUGAGCCCAUUUAUGCAUUGCUUCGAGAGACAGAAGAUGUGAACUUGGCCUAUGAAAUACUUGAGCCAGAACCCACAGAAAUCUCAGCCCUGAAACAGAGCAAGGACCGAGCAGCUACUACUGCUGGAGCUGCUGGCCAGCCAGGCAGUCACCACCGGGAAGCAUGGACCACCAGAGGGCCCUCCUAUGAGGACUUAUACACACAGAAUGUUGUCAUUAACAUGGAUGACCAAGAAGAUGUUCAUCGUGCCUCCCUGGAAGGGAAAUCUGCCAAAGAGAGACCCAUAUGGCUGAGAGAGAGCACUGUCCAGGGGGCAUAUAGUUCUGAAGAGAUGAAGGAAGGUGGCAUAGAUAUGGAUGCAUUUCAGGAACAUGAGGAAGGUCAUGCAGGGCCUGAUGAUAAUGAGGAGGUCAUGCGAGCACUCCUCAUUCAUGAGAAGAAGACUCCCUCUGCUACAGCUGGCUCCAUGGGGGCAGCUGCUCCUGUUACUGCCACCAAUCCCAGUGACUCAGAAAGUGAGACCAGUGAGUCAGAUGAUGACUCUCCACCCCGGCCGGCAGCUGCUGUGGCUAUGCAUCAUCGAGAAGAGGAUGAGGAAGAUGAUGAUGAGUUUGAGGAGGUAGCAGAUGACCCCACUGUCAUGGUGGCUGGCCGUCCAUUCUCCUAUAGUGAAGUGAGCCAACGGCCAGAGCUGGUGGCCCAGAUGACACCGGAAGAGAAGGAAGCAUACAUAGCAAUGGGACAACGCAUGUUUGAGGACCUCUUUGAAUGAGCUUUCCCUGCUUUUCCUCCUUUCUGUCAUGCUCAUUUCAAAAAGAAAUUCCCUGCCUUUGAAGAAAAAUAUUUAAGUGGCUUUCUUGCUCUUGCUUUAAAGCACCUGUUAAUCUUCCACAAAGAAUAAUGGGAGGAGAAAAAAAAAAAGAAUAAUAGGAGAGAAAGUUUGAUUUUAAUGCCAGAACUUGCCAAAAAGGUAGGUUGCCUAUAAGCAUUCCCUUCUCUACUAUUACUACGGUAUUACUAUGUUACUGUAUUUCCUAAUCUGAUUUUUUUCUUUCCUUUUUAAGAUGACCUUUUUGCCCUUCUGAGAUAAUGAGGGAAGUAAAUUCUUUUUGUCUACCUACAGAAACCUACUACAGUUAGUAACAGUAAUUCACAGAUAACAUCCUUUUUAUUUAUUCUUACCAAGGAUUCCAAACAGUUCCUUAUAUCAUCCCUAGACAAAGCAGCUUGCUGAUAGGCAAAUCACUGGUUAGGGGGAAAGAAUCUUAAAACUCCAUAUUUCCCCAAAUUAAGAUUGGGAUCAACAUGUAAGGGAGUUGAGAAUGUGUGCAGAAGAGGGAUGGAUAUGCCUGAACCUUACGAUUAGUGUGUAAAUCACAAUUUGUGUCUUCAGAAUGGACCAGACUGGUAGAUUAUAUUGUUUUGCCUAAUACUUUUUGUUUUGGAUCCAAGUAAAGGGUUGAAGAAUGAAGAGCAUUGGAAAGAGUGCCUUAGAACUGCCUGUGUCUGUUGUGUUUUGCAAGUCCUUUGUGUAAACCUGAGACUGCCUCACCUUCACUAUUGACUUCUUGUCAGUGCUAUAAAUUAAGGCGGCCAUACCAGCAGAAGUCAGCAUAGAACAAUUGAUCAUCUCCCUCUUUCAGCAUCUUUUGAAGGCUCUUUUUUUUUUUGGUCUCUUUUGGUCCUUGUCAGUCAUGGUAUUUUAGAGUGUAUCCUAUGUAUUGUUGAGCAUUGUAACCUCAAGAAACAUAGUUAGUUUGGGUUCUGAUGUGUAGCUUGAUAUUCCCAAAUGCAGAACUUUAAAAAUAAAGGACAACUGUAUUUCUUAAAAUAUUUUUCUUGCAUUGUAAUUUUUAAGUAUUUAUCAUUUUGUAGUAUGUGUGUGAAAUUAAGUUAGCAUCUUAGAGUAUCUGAGCCUUGUACGAAGUGAUGUUUCAUUUUCUUGGGUGUAUUAAUGACUAAAUAUUGACAACAAAUCUAUUUUAUACUAACUGAAAUUUGUUAAUUUUUAGCUCCAUAACAUCACAGAGCGUAAUUAAAGUGUAUAUUCUUCUCAUUAAAAA